UUUUCUGCUAUCGACUAUUCAUCCUGGAUUAGAAUGGGAAGCGAACGUUCUCUGAACAACACCGAGCUAACAAAGAUAGCCGCUUCCAUUAACUAACCAAAAACCGGCGGGUUUUUGUCGCCUUUCCCCCUCUGUGGCAGUCUUGAUGAGCCAGACUGUUCGGACGGACUGUCUGCAGUCAUGGUACCGGAGCUGGUCGAGUUUGGAGGCUCUUCCUCCCUCCCCGGUCUCAUGAUGUCGGUGGGUUUCGUUAGUUUCGCCUGAGCUCCUCUCUCUCUUCUCCUCCGCAGCUGCUGUUGCUGCUCCUGGACUUUCUCUGCUCACAAGAUGGCAAUGCACAGCACUGGAGAGGGUUCAGGGGAACGGGGAGAGUUGGUGCACUCAUUAUCUAAAGAGACCCCAGGCUCUCCGGAUGCCUCAGAGUUGGGGAGUCCUCGCUGCCCACCGAACUUUGACCUCCUAAACACGGUGGUGUCCUACAAGAGAAUGGCUCUGUUUCUAGAACCGGUUGUGGACGCAGUGGAGCUCAUUCGCUGUCUGCUCGGAUGGAAGAUGCCGGUGUGCUCUCUUCUUGUGUGUGUAUUCCUUAAUGUCUUCUUUUGCACAAUUACUGAAGCUGGCUGGUUCACAGUGAGCGUGGUGACAGUUUCGGUGCCUGCUGCCCUGGGUUACCUGCAGGACAGGUGCGGGAGCAGAGCGUCAGAAGCCGAGCUCCAGAAGAGGCGAUAUCACGCUGUGCAUCGUAAAGACCUGCAGACAGUGAAUCUCACCAAACAGGAGGCCAUGCUGGAAAUCAAAGACCUGCUAAAGCACCUGGAUGAACUGUUGUCCUCUGCUUGUCAGUCAGCAGAAGCUAUUUAUAAGGUCUUAUACUGGGAUGAUCAUGCCACAUCAUCAAGGUUUUAUGGUGCAGUGCUAAUAGUGGUGAGUCUGCUGUAUGUCGCUCCUUUGGGCUGGUUGCUUGCUGGGCUCAACAGUAUUGUCUUCCUGUGGAACAGAGACUUCUACAGAGUUUUAUUGGACCUCAGGAACCUGUUUCACUUGGGUCAGACGCAGACCUUGGAGGGGUUGAGUGAGGAGCAGGAACCUGCCAACACGACGGACCAGACUCCAACCCCAACCAGCCUGGAGGACCUCUCUCCUGGCAGCAUAGAAGAAGCAGAGGAGGCUGAGCCAGAUGACGAGUUUAAAGAUGCAAUUGAGGAAAGUUCAGUUGCUCUGCAGGAGGAUGACGACGGACCUCUUGGCGCUCCUGAAUAUGACACAGUUUCUGAGAACGGCUUCUUGAGUCGAAAUGAACCGAUCCGCAGCAAGGUGUCCAAACUGACGGAGAGACUCCGGAAACGCUACCCUGCCACCAGCAUGGGCAACUGUUCCAGCUGCAAUGCCGUCUUCUCAGUAUUGAAGAAGAGGAGAAACUGCAGCAACUGUGGCAACAGCUUCUGCUCCCGAUGCUGUUCCUACAAGGUGCCGAGGUCCUUCAUGGGGGCAACAGCUCCAGAGGCGCAGAGAGAGACCGUGUUUGUGUGUGCUGCCUGUUUUUCCAUUCUCAAGUUACAAUGAGACGGCAAACUGAUUUUUGUCUCCAGAGUCCUUCGCCGAAACCCAAACCUACAUGCUUCGGUUGUGUAGUAAAGGCUCGUACACGCUGUCCAGAUAAUUUCCCACGUGGAACUCCAGGACCCUCCUGCCUUUACCAGCUGCCAUCCCUCUGUAAACCUCUCAUGUGGCUUGUGGGAUUACUCCUGUAGUGUGUUUUUAGAUGUUUCCUGCUAAAUCUGUCAGUAAUUGCAGUUGGACUUCAUGAGUCUUUAAGGGUUGACACAGAUCAUUAUGGGUUCUCAAUCAAAGGAACCUACAUUUAUUCUUCUCUCUAAGCUGAGAGAAGUAUAAAUACCAAAACUGAAUAGGAUGGAUACCUUGGUUUAGGUUUUUAAUCUGCUUUACGUUUCCUGUCCUGUGGGGCAGAUGAGUCAUACUGAGAGGAAUUCUCUAUAGGAACAAAGUGAAGGGCGUUCUGUAAAUGUGAGAUGCUUUUGAAUUAAUUUCCAAAGUGGACAAAACUGGAGGUGGUGCGUUCAAAUUAAUGAUGGAUUAAAGUUCCGCGUCUAGCUUUGGCCAGCUAAUGUGGAGAUUGCAUAGUGUUGCUCAGUUAUCGUAUUUUGUUGGCUAACCUGAACUUGCAGGGAUAAUUUAUUCCUAAACAUUUAGAAGAAACGCCCAGUUGUGUUUCAGACGUGGUCCUGCUGCUGGAGUACUGCCUGUGACCUGAGGAAAAACAUGUGGAAAAAGCACAACGUUAAGCAGAACAAAGACUUUUACAAAAUAACUAUCGACUUGUUGCCUCCUUCUGGUUUUAUUGCUUCCGUGUGGGUAGAUGCGCUUGUCGACGUGCCGCAGCAGCAUAGCAAUCUCCAGACUUCUGAAGCUUCUCUUCGAACUGAAUGGACUCUGGUCUAACUGGAUGAAAGUCCCAGAAUCCACCUGAAACAUUUACCACAGCCUCACUCUCUCUUGCAAGCAGGACUUGACUUGAAGAACUGACGUUGUGUCGCGGUGAAAAGUCGAUUUUUAAUCAGACACAGAUGAUUGUAACUGUUUGCUUUGCUUUUAUGGUAAUUAUAUACAUACACCAUUAUUGUAAUAUGUUCUGUUUGUUCUAUAUCUAAUAUAUUUAACUUAAAACUCCAGAAAGUGCAGAUUUUUUUUUGAACAACUUGACUAUUUGUGUUUUUAUAUAUAAAUUUGGGGUCAUGUUUUAAAGCUUCGUUUAUGAUAUUAUUGUAAUAAACUCAGAAAAUUUAAAUGAUCAACUCUGAAUAGAGAAGGUUAGGGUUGGUUUUUCUUCUUCCUCAUUAAAACGGUAUUAACAUUAAUUGAAAAACGGUUGUAAUCGCAGCUUAAUACUGGAUGUAGAAUUUCUUAUAACAUUCCUCCCAGUUUUUAGCACAAAAAUUAAACGUUAUUUUGAAUUUUA